AUGGGAGGCUGGGAUGUCUACUGCGCGAUAUGCGCCUCGAAUUUCAAGAAACGAAUUGUAGUCGACUCUGAUGAGGAGAGCCAGAAUACGUAUCGCGCGGACACCAUUGGAGAGAGCGAUACAACGUGGCUGGGGAAGGUGCAUGGUCUUGGAUUCAAUCCUGAUGCGUCGGGAGAGAGAAAGUCGUUUUUGACGGGUCCGGGUAGAUAUUCGGAUUAUGGGAUACUAUCUCUUGAGCCUGGUGAUGAUCACAACGUUCCCACUCGAUCUUCCGAAGAACCAGCCGACUUUGUUGCAUACAACGACCCUGACGGCAAUCAGAAGCCCGUCUUUCCUGUCCACGCGAUCUGCUAUCGAGAUCUACUUUCAAGAUGUAUCAAGGACGCGAAGCAAGAAACAAUAGACGACGACGUCCUUUACACUCUUUUCGAAGGCAUCGUGGCUUCCAAUCGCUGGAAUAGGCUGGAUCUAGACUACGGCGAGCCCAAGCCACCCAAGGACCAGUACUGGGUGUCGAGAAAGGGCGAGGAGGCCUUAGUGACGAACCCUGUCCAAGUCCCCCAGUUAUCCAGCUAUCUGGAAAAAGUCCAAACCAUCGUCAGCGAGGAUAAGGAAUCAACCGAAUGCCAAAAGCCGCCAUCUAUGGUAGAUGUAUUCGACAAGCUUCCAAAUGAGCUGCGGCUUGAGAUCCUGAACCUGCUGCCUACGGCGUCCGCACUUGCACUCAAAGCUGCGUCGUGGACGAUGCUGACGACGCCGCUCUCGUGGCAGCAGAAGCUGACAUCUGAUAUGCCGUGGUUGUGGGAGUUUCGCGAUCUCGAAGUCGACAUAUACAAGUCUCAGAAGUUGAAUGAGAAACUCUAUCAAGUGAUCUCGGAGCUUGAUGAUAAGUCGCGGUAUAAGGAAGAAGCGACGGACUAUAUUCCCGGACUUGUGAAUCGUAGGAGAAUCUGGGUUGUUUGUGAGAGUAUAAGGAGUUUGUAUCUAGAGAAGCUGGAGGCUGCGAAGGAUCAAAAGUCGGAGACGGCCCCUUGA